CUCUCCCCACUCCUUGUUCAAUUUUCCCGUUUCCAAACUCCUAAGCAAAGGCUAAAGAGAAAGAAUGAUAGUUACUAAUUAGUGGAGUUAGUACUCAGUAGUUUAUAUUAAUCUAUGGUUAGUACUUAGGAACUAUAUAGGUAGUCUGUCGCCUGUGCUGUUCCAGUCACCCGUUUAAGUUACCUGGGCAGUGGGCUGAUUACAAUAAUGUCUAAAUGGAUUUUGAUUUUUGACUCUUAAAUGAAAUGUAUUUAACUGUUAGCGAGUUACCGAAUUUCUGUUUUUAUUGACGCUUCGUUUUAAAUAAUGUUAAAUCAUACGAUUAAUUGUCAAGGUAAAUGGAUCAGUUAUCUACAACUGUGUCAAUUGAUCGACGAAGAUGUACCAGGUUCAUAACAUCUGUCAACAUAGUCUGGAUAUAUCACCUAGAAUGUUUAUGCAUCUGUGUAAAGUUUGAAAUGUGAUCAAUCAACUGUCAACAUUACCAUGAUGUGUACCAAAAGACAACAGAACGAAGAGUCUAUAAUUUGUUCGUUGCUCCACGAAGAUCCACUUCGGGAACUGUUCGAAGCGUGCAAGUCAGGUGACCUUAGUAAAGUCAGACGUCAAAUCAACCCCGAAACGGUCAAUGCUAGAGACACAACUGGCAGGAAGAGUACACCUCUUCAUUUUGCUGCGGGUUUUGGUCGCCGCGAUAUAGUUGAACUGUUAUUGGCCGCUGGAGCCUCUAUUCAAGCUCGUGACGAUGGAGGACUCCAUCCUUUACAUAACGCUUGUUCAUUUGGUCAUGCAGAUGUAGUUGGUUUAUUGCUUGAAGCUGGUGCAGAUCCUAAUACAAAAGACAAUUGGAAUUACACGCCUCUCCACGAAGCCGCCAUCAAGGGGAAAAUUGAAAUAUGCAUUGCUUUAUUACAACACGGAGCUGAUCCAACAUUGCGCAAUGCUGAUAACAAGACACCUAUAGAAUUAGCCCAAGCCAAUGGCGUGCCCGGUAUAAGUGAAGUGCUGGGAGGAGAAUGGCGUAAAGACGAAAUUUUAGAAGCUAGCCGCUCUGGAGAUGAUGCAAAAUUGUCAUCACUUUUAACACCUCUUAAUGUUAAUUGUCAUGCCAGUGAUGGACGUAAAUCUACACCUUUGCAUUUGGCUGCUGGAUUUAAUCGUGUUCGUUGUGUUCAGUUGCUCCUAAGGCACGGAGCUGAUGUACAUUCCAAAGACAAAGGGGGUCUUGUGCCUUUACACAACGCAUGUUCUUAUGGUCAUAUUGAAGUAACAGAAAUGCUUAUUAAACACGGAGCUUGUGUAAACGCUAUGGAUUUAUGGCAAUUCACACCUUUACAUGAAGCUGCGUCCAAAUCCCGUGUUGAAGUUUGUUCAUUGUUGUUGAGUAAAGGAGGAGAUCCGACCCUAGUAAAUUGUCAUUCCAAAUCCGCAAUAGACUUAGCAGCCAACAGAGAGCUCCAAGAAAAAUUAUCUUACGAAUUUAAAGGCCAUUGUUUAUUGGAAUCUUGUCGGGUAUCUGACGUGUCAAAAGUAAAAAAGCUGUUGAAUCAAGACAUUGUCAAAUUCAAGCAUCCGUUAACAGGAGAUACUGCGUUUCAUGUCAUAGCUGCUUCAUUAGGUUCUAAACGAAAACAAGUUGUCGAAUUAUUAGCUCGUAAAGGUGCACAAUCAAUAAAUGAACCUAACAAAGAAUUGCUUACGCCUCUUCACAUAGCUGCAGAUUACGGCCAUUUCGAUGUUAUGGAAACACUUAUUAGACUAGGUGCCAGAGUAAAUACUACUGAUUCACAUGGUCAAACAGCAUUACAUCGCUGUGCGAGAAAUGAUAGUAUCCAAGGUUGCAAAAUUCUUUUAUCAUACAAUGUCGAUACCAAUAUUACAUCAGUCCACGGAUUUAAAGCUAUUGAUAUGGCUACAGAUAAUGUCAAAAAAAUAUUACAAGAACCUCCUGCGAUUCUAGAUUUAGAAUCUGAACUUUUGGAAGCCUCCAAAUCUGGCGAUCUCGACAAAGUACAAAAAUUACUCACUGCAUAUCCUCAUAUUGUUAACUGUAGAGAUUUGGAUGGAAGACAUUCCACGCCUCUUCACUUUGCUGCUGGUUAUAAUCGUGUAACAGUUUGUCAAUAUCUCUUAGCUCAUGGUGCUGAUGUUCAUGCAAAAGACAAAGGAGGCCUCGUACCUUUACAUAAUGCCUGCUCGUACGGACACUUUGAAGUUACCGACAUGUUAAUCAAACACGGUGCUAAUGUCAAUGUUUCUGAUCUAUGGAAAUUCACCCCACUUCACGAAGCCGCAGCCAAGGGAAAAUAUGAAAUUGUUCGGUUGUUGUUACAGCACGGCGCUGAUGACACAAAGAAAAACCGUGAUGGACAUACACCUUUAGAACUAGUCAGAGACAGUGAUAAUGACGUUGCAGACUUGUUAAGAGGUAAUGCAGCGUUAUUAGAUGCAGCUAAAAAAGGUAUAUUGGCACGUGUACAAAGACUCGUUACUUCUGAAAAUAUUAACUGUCGAGAUACUCAAGGUAGAAAUUCUACUCCAUUACAUUUAGCAGCUGGUUAUAACAAUUUGGAAGUGGCAGAAUUUCUACUAGAGCAAGGUGCCGACGUCAACGCUCAAGACAAAGGAGGUUUAAUUCCGUUGCACAAUGCUUCAUCGUAUGGACACUUAGAUCUUGCAGCUCUCCUUAUUAAAUACAACACAGCCGUCAAUGCAACUGACAAUUGGGGCUUUACUCCGUUGCAUGAAGCCGCUCAGAAAGGUCGUACACAACUGAGCGCACUACUACUGGCUCACGGUUCUGACCCAUUUUUACGCAACCAAGAAGGACAAACCCCACUGGAACUGGCCACCGCUGAAGAUGUACGGUCACUCCUAACCGAUGCUAUGGCUACACAUCCUGACGCAAAUUCAGCGGCCAAUAACCCUUCUGUUUAUGCUGCUACCCCACCACCAUUAUCGCCCGACGACACAGCUACAGUUGUCAUGCCGUCUGGAGCGUCAGUGGCAUUACCUAGUCCUGGUGGAUCUGGUAGAUCAUUUAUGCUGGGUUCACAAGCCGAUGGAUCAGUUAACGGCUAUGAAAGCGCUCACCCUCAUCCUAAUUGUAUUACUCUAUCAACUGUGCAAGGAUUCCUUUCUAGUUUGGGAUUAGAACAUCUGAAUGAAAUAUUUGAAAGAGAGCAAAUAACUUUAGACAUCUUAGCAGAAAUGGAACAUGAAGACUUAAAACAAAUUGGAAUUACUGCUUACGGUCACAGGCAUAAACUUAUUAAAGGAAUGGAAAAAUUAGUCUCAAAACACGGCGGUGUUUGUUCGGGUCUAUCCGGUGGAAUGCCGUGUACUUUAUUGAUUGAUUUGUUGGCUGAAGAUAAAGAGUUUAUAACUGUCGAACAAGAACUGCAAAGUACUAUACGGGAACAUCGCGAUAAUGGUCAAGCCGGUGGUAUAUUUAAUAGAUACAACAUUGUCAGGAUACAAAAAAUUCAAAAUCGUAAACUUUGGGAUCGAUAUAUACAUAGAAAACGUGAAGUGUCAUUAGAAAACGGUAAUCAAGCUAAUGAAAGAAUGUUGUUCCACGGAUCUCCCUUUAUCAAUGCCAUUGUUCAAAAAGGAUUUGAUGAACGUCAUGCCUACAUUGGCGGCAUGUUUGGAGCUGGAAUAUACUUUGCUGAAAAUUCUUCAAAAAGCAAUCAAUACGUCUACGGCAUUUGCGGAGGUACAGGUUGUCCGACACAUAAAAAUAGAUCGUGUUAUCAAUGUUUGAGACAUUUACUGCUUUGCCGAGUGACUCUUGGUAAAUCGUUUGUUCAAUAUAACGCAAUAAAAAUCGCUCAUGCUCCGCCAGGUCACCAUUCUGUAAUGGGAACUCCAAGUGUUGGUGGAUUAAAUUUUUCAGAAUAUGUUGUUUAUCGCGGAGAACAAGCAUAUCCCGAGUAUUUGAUUGCUUACCAAAUCAUGAAUCCAUCCGAAACUGUAGAAAAUGGGUCAACUAUGCUCACUGCUUCAAAAUAAGAUUUUUCUUAUGACAACGUUCCUCUUGUUUUCAAUUAUUAUUAAUAUCUUCGUGUGAUGUUAAUUUUUGGAUCAUAUUUCUUAGCACUUGUUAUUAAGAGAUUAUUUUCGUGUUUAAACUAGAAAUUUACAUGAUUAUUUAACUACUAAAUGUAAUAUUGUUAUUAUUAUUAAUUUAUUUGUAUAACACUGCCUAUAUUUUAAAUUCAUAAAUACAAAACCUAGAGCAGUCUCAAACCUAAUAACAAAAAAAGGUGAAUCGGGGAAGAAAUUGAAAUAAUAUUAUUUAAUAAAAAAAAUUCAGAUUCAGAAUAAUUUUCUUUUUUUAAUGAAUAUAACAUUAAAAUACUAUUCACAAUUUUUUUUUUUUUUUUAACAUUCUGAUGUUACAUUAAUAUUUUUUUGUGCCAAACUCAAUAUUUAUUAAUUUUAAUUUGACCCGGCAAUAUUUUAAUAAAAUGAUGUUAAUUUUGUAAUUCCAGUUUUUAGUAGUAAAAUGUACAAUCAAUAAUUGUAUAAUCCAAACGUUAUUAUCUGGGUUUUUAGAUAAUUACUUGUUUUUAUAAAUGUUUCAACGUUUAACUUAACAACAGAUAGGUUGAAGACUGCUCCUUUGGAUUGAAUGGAAAAAUUGAUGAUACUCCUAUAUGUGUUUAAUAUCCUCAUCUAAAGUAUUAUGUGAUUCUUUAGAAUUAAAUUAGUAGAUAAGUUAAAAAAAAAAAAA